CUGUACGUGCGAGCGGGCAACAUAACCUCACACUCGGCCGCGAGCACCUAGCCUCCGCCGGCGUUUCAGACUGCAGCCGAGGAUGCGAGUUGUGAAGUUGGCGUUGCGUGACGUGUCGUGCGGGAGGAUUUAGGGAACUGUCACGGCAAUUUUUUUUUUUUCCUUUUCGGAAACGGUGAAAAAUGUCGAGCAUUAUAUUCGCUUGAAUACAAAAAAAUAUAUAUAUAUUAUCCACCUGGUUUAAAAGUGCAGCCCGUUUCUGGUUUUCUCAGGGGAGGAACCGGCUGAUGGGAGACUCUUGUCGCCGCCGAAGCGGAAGGUGAUGCGCGGUUGCAGCAGCGGCGAUUCAACGAGGUUGUUCCCAGUCUGCGAGGACCGUCGAGCCCGGAGGACCUGAAGAGAGGCGGUGGACCAGCUAGAGACAGCCCGCGACCAGCCAUGUACAAGACGGUGCGUCACGGCGAGAACUCGCUCCAGUACACCAUCCUGCCGCAGCAGGACGUGGACUCGUCGGGCCACCACGUCAGCCGCAAGCCGCGCCGCCGCCGCAGCCGCACCACCACCGCCGUCGUCGCCAUCCUCGUGCUGGGCUCGGCCGCCGUCGCCGCGUCCAUCGCGCUGCCCUUGCUCGUGUCGGCGGACAUCAUCCGCGUGCCCGAGUCGCUGCGGAGGUUCGCGCCGUUCGCCGCGGCGAGCCGCCCGGCCCCGCCACCAGAGACGUCGAGGGCUCCCGAGCCACCUACCUCCUCCUCCUCCUCCACCACCACCGCCGCCGCCGCCGCCGCCGCCGCCGCAGCGGACAUCACCACCUCCGAGGACAACCUCAACACGCUGACCACCUCCCCGGUGGCGGGCGGCGGCGGCGUCAGCAACCGCAGCGACGACGAGGGCACCGCCUCCAGCGCCGCCCCCACCUCCCAGAUGACCGCGACCACCGCCUCGUGGGGCGGCGGCGACGCCGCGGACCCGGGGAGCGCCGGCACGACGCCCGCCCCCGCCCCGCCGUCGACGCCGCCGACCACCACGACCUCCACGACCACCGCCGACCCCAACGUGCACCGCGUCGUGAGGCCGACGGGCGACCCCAAGAGGCGCGGCUCGUACCAGCCCCGGUGGCAGCCCCGCUGGCCCUUCGCAGACCCGUCCGCCUACUUCCAGUGGACGGGGUACGCCGGCCGGGACAGCCUCAUCCUGCCGCUGAUCCUGGGCGCCGUGACGCUGCUGCUGCUGUUCGCGGUGUGCGCCUGCUACGCCGUCAAGCGCCGCCGCCAGAAGACGCUGCGGCGCCAGACCAUCGGGAAGAUCACCACGGACCUGCAGAGUGGCGACAAAGCUACCUUGCUGCCUGACGGCUCCGAAGAAGAGUGAAAACCAGCGACCGCCUGAGAAAAUUAUCCCCCCCCCCCCCCCCCCUCACAAAACGCCCUCGCAAAUUCAAGCCUUGCCUACUGCCAGAAGCUUCAAGAAAGAAAACCACGCGCGAUUGAAAAAUAAAACACAUUUAUUAUUCUGACAUCACCUGUAACGAGACUUGUAGCCUGUUGUUGAAAGAAAGCGAAUGGGGGGGGGAAGUUUGCACGAUUAUAAUGCUGCCACGCACCUCGGCCUAUCGUGACAUUCCAUGUGUGACCCUUUUUUUUUAAUCGGAAAAUUCCUCAAAAAUAACCUAAUACUUCUGUAGAGUCUUUGAAAGCAUGCAUGUGAACAAUCAUUCGGUCACCAUAUGCUUCACUGCUUAGCACUUUUAAUGUUUUCUUAAUUAUUCUCGAGAUUGGCCAGACAACGUAGACACACCCACUUACCCCUACUAGCCGUCAUCAAUAUAGACGUGUAAUUUUUUUUUUUUGUGAAAAGAUUUUGAUACUAUAGCAGCGUGUUGAAACCACCGCAGCAUCGCCUGCAUCUCGUGAUUGGUCGGGAUUAUUUCAGAUUGGACAUGUGCAGGGACGUAACUAGACUUAUUUCCAUCUGGGACAAGAACUCGCGUUAGCGGCCCCCCCCCCCCUUUUCCCGCCGUUUCUUAAAACCAAUUAAACUACAAACGUUUCCAAAAAAAUAUUUCAUAUCGCCAACACAUAUUAAUCUCACAAUUCAAAAUAUUUUUAAUUCAACUUAGAUGGUGAACAAAUAAAUGUAGGCUAUUUGCAGUCAUUUCAUUUUUAAUACAUCGCAAGAAAACUAUCAGCUUUUAAAUAUUUGACAAACACGCGUAUGUGUAUCUUUCAAUACAAAUAAUUAAGUUAAUCUGCUGUCCAACAUUUUGUUUUGUGUUGUAACACUACGAUAGUCAAGUUAAAAUAUAUAGUAAAAAUUGCUCUGCCAGUCUAGCGCCCCCUCCCUCCCCCCCCCCCCUCAUUUGCGGAGCCCGGGGUACAAACUCUGUCUGCCCCCCUCUAGUCACGUCCCUUGGACAUGUCCAAAAUCAAUUCCCAGGAAAACUAACGAUUUUUGAAAAAAUAAAUGAAGAUGUUUUUAUCUUACAUUUAGUAUUUAAGUAUCGCGUUUAUAAUUAGGUUUUGGGGAGCUUGCGAGUAACAAACAAGUGACUAUGCGUGUUACGAUUAGAUCACAAAAUAAAAAUAAAAACUUAAAUGCCUAAUAUUUUGUCAGUUAAACCAAAUAUAACAGGAUCUAAGUGUUAAUUUCUUCACCGCAUAAAAAAUAAUUGUUUUCUAUUUCUAUACGAUAGUCAGCUACACGCUGAAAAAUAUUGUAUGACUUAUUCUCUGAGAAUCAUUUGUCAUUUUUCCCCCUACCACACCCUACACCCCACUAAAUUCCAGAACAGUUUUGGCAGGCUAACGGAACGUGUUUGGGUUUCGAAACGAGAAAAAUGAAAAAUAAAAAUAAAUAAUUUCCUCUGGAAACAACAAUAAAAAAACCACUAGCCCACCCGAAGUUACAUAUUUACAUACGGAAUCUGCGCUCUAAAUUAGUACGUGAUGAAAAUGUAAAAAGUGCACGCAGGCUUUGUUGUGAGCCGGAAAUACGAGGGGUUGGCACGAGGUUGCCAGUUUGCAGAACGGCUGACUGCUGAAAUUCGGGGGAGCGAAGGACUAACAUGGAUCGAGGUGCCUGACUCAAAAACGAGUAAAGUCUCAAAAUCGUGCUUCGUGUUGUGUCGAAUAGAACGGUUUAUUAUUUUUUAAAAAAACUGGCAGAAAUCUCUUUAAGAGAUAUGUUCAUUUACGAAUGUGUUAUUUGAUUUCAUUACUGAUGAGGGAAAUAUAUUAACGUUUAUUUUUUCGCUAACUUUAACUGUUUCAUUUACAUUAUAAUGCUGUACAUAUUUGAGGAAUAUAUCAUACGUAAAUGUGAACAAUUUUUUGUGUGUGAAUUUUACAAUCUUCUGAACAGGCGAAUGAAAUAUAAGUGAAAGAGAAUAAUUAUUUUCUGAUCUUAAUUAAAUUGUCAUGCUGCGGUACGUGAAUUUUUUAGUAGCCUAAUAGUGUAUUUAUAAAAAUUCCUAACUUAACGAAACGCGAUACAAAAACAAUAGAGCUUAAAUUAAGUCCUAGGGAAACCAAGUUUUUUUUUAUGCCCCAUUGAUAGCCGUUACCAUGGGGCGACUUUCGGAAACUUUUUAUAUUGUUUUUCGUUUCAUGGUCCAUAGACCCCAAAACCAUCGUCAACUUAAAAUGUUUAUAUAUAUAUAUAUAUAUAUAUAUAUAUAUAUAUAUAUAUAACGUUUUUAUGGACACGAUAACUCCCGUAAUUUUUCACAAAUACUUCCAAACUGAUACAUUAAAAAAAUGGGAAUAGAAAAUCUCGGUUCAGUUCGUUAAUAGGCAAUAUCCGCCUAAAGGGCUAGAAAUGGAGGCAAUUUUUUGAAAAACAGAAAAAUCGAUCUAACUCCUAUAAUAUGACGAAUCUCACAUUAUUUUGAACGUUUUAUAACUCGUAGGUGUAAUAAUAAAAACUUUUGUCUAAAUAUAUUUUUGACACAAUCAACCAUAACUGCAAGGGAUUGAAAAAACCUGGGGUUGAAAUAAGAAAUUUAAUAAAACUUCCCUACCAUGUGCACAAUCCAAUCCAUUCUUAUUUUUGUUUAACAGUUCUAAAUAAUGCCUAAAACUUUUGUUCAAAUAAUUUUUUAUGUAACCAAACAUUACUGUAAGGUGUGGAAAUAACACGGUUUGAAAGUUAAAAAAAAUAAUCAUUCUUUUUUUUUUAUAGAUGUACUAUCAAAUUAGUUGUAAUUUAUUGUAUGAUUCCUAAACUUUAUCUAAAACUAUGUCUGAAACAAUUUUUAAUGAAAAUAAUUAUUACCGUAACAACCAGGGUUUAAAUUAUUUUUUUAAAAAAAUUUGGAGUGAAACUUCUUUGCUGAGGGGGCUACAAUUUUCAAGGGUUACGAAAAUUCCGAUCGCAUGAGGGGAAUAGUUAGAUACGUGGUGGGGGAAAUGAGAGGAGGAUGGGUGAGUCAGUGACGACGCCACUCCAACGCAUUCACUAGCGGUCGAAUGGGAAUGGGAAAAAAAAAAGGGGGGGGGAAUUAGACACGUAGCGUAGCAUGCUACAUGCCAGUUGUAACGACCGAAAGGGGAGACGGCAGGAGAGAGGUAGAAAUGACGCAGCAGUGAUGCCACGGAACUCUCGUAAUAUAACGCUGCUUGUAUUUGUCUAGUCCUCAGUUUUCAUAACGGCUAACGAUUGACGCAACCAUAAGUAUUUUAUUUAAUUUUAAGUAUCUACAAUCUAUUUAUUCGGGUAAAUAUGUAUUGUACGGAUUAGCGCCAAAAAAAAUCGUACAAAUAUGAAAUAACUUUCAUUAUAUGCUAUCUUACGUCCUCUCUUCAGAACCGCCUGCGGAGAUAAAAAAUUCCAAUUACUUUAGGAGAUAUCGAAUUUUUUAAUCUUCAUUUUUUGGCGAUUUUUUUUAAAAAAAAAUUUAAAAAUCCGAAAAUACCUUUAUUCUGUGCUCUUAAACUUCCUCUUUUCAUUAAAUCCGGCUGAGAUAAGAAAUUCCAAAUACUUUUGGAGAUAUCGAAUUUUUUAAUUUUCAUCCUGUGCACUCGUGCGGCGAUAACGAUUGCUUGUUUACAAGUAUCAUUUUUUUUUUUUUUUUGCGAUGUUCCCGAACGGAGAAACCUAAGAUGCACAUAAAGUUCUGCCAUUCCCGAUUACACCCGAACAAUUCACCUUCGGCCAACCUCGGGUUUAUUUAUUAAUAUUUCUCUGUUUAUUUUAAUGUAGCUAUACUAACCUAACUAACCAUCCAAAUGGUUUUAAAGUUUUUUUUUUUAAUGUAGCUAACCUAUCCGACCACUUUUAAUAUUUCAAUUCAUUUUUCCUGCGCAAAAAUAAAUAAAUCCCGAGGUUGGCCGAAGGUGAAUAUUCGGGUGUAAUCGGGAAUGGCAGAACUUUAUGUGGAUCUUAGGACUCUCACGCGAACGAAUACAUCAUGUAAAAAGAAACUUACGUGAGUUUAUUCUGUUCAUCCUUUUUCCCGGUUUGUUAGGUCAGGUCAGCUACAUUAUAAAUACUUUAAAACUAAACAACCAAUAAAAUUAAUUUUAUUAUUUUUAAUGUCUGUUCAGUUUCAAAGUAUUUAUAAUGUAGCUGACCUGACCUAAUCUACCUUUGUCCCAUUUUGUUAGGUCAGGUCAGUUACAUUAUAAAUACUUAAAACUAUACAACAUGUAAAAUAAAUUGAUAUUAUUUUUAAUUUCGGUUUAUUUUGAAGUAUUUAUAAUGUAACUAACCUUACCUAAUGGAAAAUUUCUGUUAUUUAGACAUUCACGCGCACACGGCAAAAUAUAAAAUGGCGACGGUCAAAUUAUUACACACGUCUGGUAUAGCAAAAUAAGAACGGCCAUAUCUCCAAAAGUAUUUGGAAUUUUUUAUCUCCGCAGGCGGUUCUGAAAAGAGGACGUAAGAUAGCAUAUAAUGAAAGUUAUUUCAUAUUUGUACGAUUUUUUUUGGCGCUAAUCCGUACAAUACAUAUUUACCUUUAUUCGUGUGUAAAAGAGUUAUUUAUUCGUACAAUUAACUUUAUAAGUGUUAUUAUUUUGUUUUUGUGAAUAGUGUGAUUGAAAAUGUAAGAAAGACGUGUGGAUUCAAGAGGUUAGCUUUAUAAGUGUAAUUUAUGUUCAUUUGUUCUUUCAUUUCAUUCAGCUGGAGAUCUUAAUUUAACAUCAUGCCUAAAAAUUAUAAAAAUUCAUAAGCAGAUAAGAGGUAUUAAAGGAAACGUGGGAAUAAACCGCCAAAAGAGGCGCCAAAAAGUACCAGUGAACGUGUACGAGAGUAAUUUAUUGGUCAUUUGAGAUCAUACCAGCAUUCUUACUAUUCUCGAUUAUUAUCUCUUGUUCAAUAAAAAACUACUAAUAAUUUAACUCUAUAUAUAAUAAGCAAGAAGUUUCACUUAUGUUGCGCGUGGAAUACACGCACUCUUGUUCGUAUUUACUUUAAAACAUCUUAAUAUUAUCUAUAAAAUAAACUGGUGCAAAGCAAAAUUUUAUACGACUACAUUAUUAGUGCAAGGUAUGAAAAAUAGUAUUAGAAGGUAAAAAAAAAAUUAAUAACUACCUUAGUUGGCAUAAUAUGAAAUCCGUUCUAAGCUAUUCGAUGCUGGAUGAAUUGAGUUGAAAACAAUCAUAUUUUCGCUGCGUGUAAAAUGGAAAUUUUUUUAUUAAAUAAUUUUGUAAUAUGGAGAACACAAAGAUAUUAUGUACAUUAAGUUCUUAAAAUGUUUCAGAAGGUUACAGAAGUUUCCAGAAGAUAUAGGUAAUUCGAAAUCUACCUACUUCUGUAGGUUGUGCUAAAAGGGAUCUUUUUUAAUAAUUCGAUUUAGCAAAAUUUCCUAUUUGUUUAGUGUUAAUCUCUAUGGGUUUAAAUUACUAUUGUGUUCCACGUAUACCUUCAUAGGAAUUUUGCAAAACAAAAAUUUCGAUUUGAUAAUAUGAUGAGCACUCGAAACAUAAAUUUAGUUGCCAAAACUUAUAUAUAUAUAUUUAACUUAUAUACUAAUUUAAAAGCAGAUCACAAAUUGACGGUUCGAUUCUACCAGUGCUUAAAAUUGACACCACAUGUGACACACAUUAUUUAUAGCACAAAUAGCUUAAAUAAUGUCACUUCUGUCAAUGAGUGUUGUACGAGACGAAAUCGAAAGAAGUAAAUUCACGUCUUCGCGACAGAACGCGUGUCGAAUUCUUUGCUUGAACGCCGAACUCUUGUGUAUCUCCGCCAUGCAGUGUGUUGUUUGCAUUGGAUUUAUUUUUCCUGUGGUGACGUUUCUGUGUUAAUCAGCUCCAUGCUGACCCGGUUUACCCGGACCCCCCCUCCUUCUUGAAAUUAAGAAGCCUCUCACUGGGUGUGCUCGCUUACGCUUGCGAAACGGAGUUGAUAAAACGUAAACGUCAAAACUUAUGUUUUAUAGAAAACAUUUUGUGUAUGUGCUUAAGUUUUCUGUUUAUUGCAUGCAUAGGUAUAGGCCAAAAUAUGGACAGUAUACAACGGACAAGCACCCUAUCAGGAGGUGACUUGUGUCGGGUAAAACCCACUUGCACAUCUCUCGGGGUCGCCAUCUCGGGGUCGCCGAAUUUCUGUGAGCCCCGCUUGCGAAUCCUACAGAUUUGCGCGGGUCGUUACCACAACGCCGAACGUACAAUAACGCCGAAUACCAUAACGCCGAAUGCCAAAUUGACCGCAACGCCGACAGCCAGAAAACUGCUGUGUACCACAACGCCGAAAUACAGUAACGCCGAUAAAUGUUUCUGCGGGAGGGGGGGGGGGGGGCACAGGAGCAAAAUGAAAAACAACUGAAUGAAUUUGUGUGCUAACCUUACCUAACCUAAUCUUUGUGGCAGUCCUGCAAUGACAUUUUUUCGGGGUUAAUGUAUUUCGGCGUUGUGGUACACAGCAGUUUUCUAGCUGUCGGCGUUAUGGUUUUCGGCGUUAUGGUAUUUCGGCGUUGAGGUGCGUCCCCGAUUUCCUGUGAACAGGUAGCUGUUCGGGGAGGAGUGAGUAGGCAAGGGUGGUUAGACGAGAGGAAACGCUACUGAGCGCUCUCAGAAUGCCGCCUGUACUCCGCACUGGACAAGGCACGGAGCCGAUCGAUGGUCGGGUUGCCGUCACUCACCACCCUGCAGCCGUCAAGGCGCCAGGUGGUGCACUGCACCUCCCCCCCCCCCCCCCCCCCACCCGGUCGGCCGUGAGGGUUGUUCUUUCCACCUGCGCGGACAGCCAAGCGCGACCCGUACUUGGUCGCCGCUGUACCGCGCGGGAAACAAAGAUGGUUGCAGACGACUUGAGUGAUUAGUGCCCCCGCCAUCUUGGGGUUCUUCAAACACCAAGCCAUCACAUGGGAAAACCAACUAUUCGCCUUAGCCAAGGGAGUAUUUAGGGAGGGGCAGGGCGGGGCCGUGGCACCCCAUCCAAAGCCAGAUUUUAUUUUCAAUAAUAAAUGCAACUCAUUAUGACUCAAAGUAUGUACUCAUUUUUGGCCAUUGGCUAUCCAAAAUGAGAGUAGUCGUGUCUUUGAACACGUAUUAGGACACAAAAUCAUAAACAAUGGUACUUAAUGUACGAAUUAUGUUUCCGUAAGUGAAAAAAUGUUAUGUAAUAAUUUCAAAUUUCGGAAAAGCACUUAAGGGUUAUCAGAUAGUCUUUAAAAAAAAUUUCAAGCAUAGUUUUUUUUUUAAUAUUUUCGGGGGAUGCAUUCCAUAACCCUCAGAACCACAAAACAGGUCUAUCAAAAAUAUAUUGUUAUAAAUCACUUACUCCCCCCCCCCCCCCCCUUUUUUUUUUCAUCAAUUCUUGGCUAUGCCCAUGCACCGAUCCCGAAUUAUCCGCGUUCGUGCAUCUUCGGAAAUAAACUUUUUUUUGUAGAAGAAAUACUUAGGUCAGGUUAGGAGUGGUACAUGAAUAAAAUUUUCGUUAUUGAUGCAGUUUUCUCCAGGGAGGUUAUAUAUAUAUUUUUUUUUUAGCUCGUAUUGAUGGUCGUGACUAAAGUGGAAAGUCGUAAGGUAAGCAACACUUACAAUACUCUAAAACUCGUGAAAAAUACGUGAAAUCACUCUUUUUUUUUCUUUCCUAACCUGGAGGAGUCUGCGUCAAGGAGGGACCUAGGUGUGCCCAUACGACUAGUCGUGCUGGGAUAAGCCAUGCAGGGAGAGGGUCGCAUGCACAGUGUGCUUCGUGCAAGGAUCGGAAGCGACUGAAGGGAGCCAUGACUAACUCCCCUAUCUUAAAAUUACAGGUAUCUUAAGUUGGGCCCAGGUGAAACCUGCAUAGACGCAGGGGAAUACCCGUGAACACACACGCGCGGGAUGCAACAAGCCGUGCAUUGAGCAAGCAGGAUGAUACAGGACAAAGAGGAAUGGUCCGAAAGGAGAGUUGUUCGGGGUGAAACACGAGUCCACCAAGUGCCGGGAUUUCGGCACUUGCACGCGAGUUCCGCUUUCAUAGUUUGUCCUCGUCUGGAUGUUGAGAGCGGCGGACUUCGGAUAUUUUCGGAACUGUUCGGAAAGGAGGGGGGUGUGUGUGGCUUAUCUGUGGAUAGCAGGCUUCCCCCAUCAAAUAGCCGUCGGAACUGCGUCGUGCAGCAGGACGAGUGGAAUUUAGAUGGGAGGGGAAAUUAUACAUUUCUUUCCCGCAACCGUUAUCCGCCUGCUGGAAACAAAUUAUUUUCUUCUGGCGACUGCAGGCUGCGAUGUAAAACUAAAAUAAAUAAAUAAAAUAACGCGGAAAGAGUUGGCGAAUGAAAUCGCUAUGUGAUCAAUUUGCCGAAAUGUAAUUUUUAUUUUAUUCUAUUGGAUGAAGGUGAAAUGUGAUGGCACUUCAGUUUUGCAAGUGGUGUUUCAAGAAAUACCAAGAGACACGAUGGAUUUAAGGGAGUUAUUUUAAGAAUAUUUUAAUUUUGGCUGUUGUGUUUUCUUGUCAUUACAAUUUUUUUUUGGGGGGGGGGGGAGGGAUGGAGGGGGAAGGAGGUUUUUUUCGUGUACAUCUAUCACGAUAGCGCUCUUGAACAUUAUGUUUCGUCUGUAAAACGUCACGCAUAAUUAUGAUAACUAGCGUGAUAUUUUCCAGCUUGAAAAUUACUAUUUGUAAGUAUCUGGUGAGAAAAUUUGUGCCCCAACAACAACAACAACAAAAAUACAAGACAUAUAUCGUAACAAAUUUACGGAGAAGAAACCCUUUAUUAAUAGUAACGACAAGAAAAUGAAACAACCAAUUUGGCUCGUGAGGGCGAGCCUUAAGAAUCAUACUUGGAGCAUUAGUGCAGCCUUAGUUGCUUAUUAGUAGUAAAAACUAUUGUAAUUCACUUGUAGUAAUAUAAAUUAUUUAUUUACGUAGUUUAUAUCGUAUGAGUACAUGUAUUAUGAAUGUGAAUUCAGGAGUAAUAUUUUGUAAUGGUUAUUUUGUUUUGACUGUAUUCACUUUUCACUAUGUUGUGAAUGAUUACUUGGAAAUCCAAGUGUACACUUCACUUAUCUUCCCCCUUAUUUAUUUUCUAGUACUUAUAUUGUUUGUAUUUCUUUUUGUUUUAUACUUGUGUAGUGCCAGCCUAUUUUGAACUAUGUAUGUUGGCCGGCGCUUAAUAAAUGUAUGAAUAAAAUAAACCCGUCACCCAACCCCUUCAACUAAAAGAGACAUUUCAAAAAAAAAUUCAAGAUGGCGUGGACUAAUCUUUCUACAAGGCCAGUGUCGCAUUGGCGCCGCAUCGUCGCAAACGGCAUGAAGGCGCGUGCGACUGGCCAGGAUCGCCAUUGACUGAAACAAUCUAUUUCCCAGAGACGCAACACCGUCGAGUUAACAAUUACCAACGUUCCAAGACUCUACAAACUGUGUGAAACUGGGCCAUAGGAGAGAAGGAAAAAAAAAGGCAUUGACAAUACUGUGAGAAUCGGCGACGCACUCUAAAUGGACGGUUUAUUGAAAUGUACAUCCGUGCUAAGGCGUUGACAAUACUGUGAGAAUCGGCGACGCCCUCUAAAUGGACGGUUUAUUGAAAUGUACAUCUGUGCUAAGGUGUUGACAAUACUGUGAGAAUCGGCGACGCCCUCUAAAUAGACAGUUUAUUGAAAUGUACACCUGUGCUGUUCACUGGUGCGCUGGGCUCUUGCGUUUGAAAGUGCGUGUGCUAUUCAUACAUAGAUCAUGUUUCUUAGUAUGUACCAAUGCUUGGAUGCUGAGGUCGUGUCUCAUCCCGCUGUCCCAAUGCUUGUGGCGCUGGCAAAGCAUCUUACUUAUCUGCUUGACGUCAAACGCGAGGCCACGAGAACAAAUCAGCUUAUUCUAUUCGUGUGGUUCUGUAUGUGUGUGUGUAUGUGAAAACCCGUUAAGAAGUGUGCAUUCGGGAAAUGUUGCUGAAAAACUCUAUAACUACAUCCAGUAAAAAUGUAUAAACUUUCUGUUGUACUCCUGACAUCUAAGUGAAUCCAAUAAAAAAAAAAACAGCAUUGCUUGUACAAUAAUGUAUAAUCUCAGAAUACACGUGCUGUACUCACCGUCGAGAAUUCAUUAACUUCUGGGAAAUAUUUGUUAUAAAUACGUUGGUGUGUAACUACAGGAAUGCGUUAUAAUUUAAUUACAUGCGACAUAAUUUUUUUCAGUUUCUAGAACCUAGUAAUCUUUUGGCCAUAAUAAAGAGAAAACGUUAUUCUAAAAGUAAAAUAAAUUGAUAAAUGACAAUUUAAAACACACAAACGCUGAACGGAGUGAAUUCUUGAAGCGUAUCCCAACGUUAAUGAACUUAAAAGUAAUUAACAGCUAAGAUGGUUGAAAAAAACAAUUUAAUCUCCCAAAUUGUUUGUCGCACUUAGGCCAAUGUUAUAGAUAUAUUCAUAUGUAACUGCGCAAUCCUAUAUGUUGUUGACGUUUCAUGAGCGUCAGUUAUUUUGUUAUGUAGUUAGAAGUUUGUGCUGUCGUUAAUUUAGGCAAACAGUUUGCCGUAUGAUAUGCCCUAUACAUGUGUGAUACAUUUAUUUCGUUUUUUAAUUUCCAUUCAUUGCCGGCGCUUCAAUAUCAUGCGCGCACAAGUUUAAACGUGAUUUAUUUUUAAUAAGUUAACUACAAAUAACGUGUUGAAACACUCAUCAAACUUUUACUUUAUAAAUAUUAUGAAAAAAGAAUGAAACAUACAGAAAAAAUAUAGACAGAGUAAAAUCAACAAGAUGAUUCCAAAUGGGCGAAAAUGAGAAUAGCUUAAAUGCACGCGAUUUAGAUUAUUAAUGUUUGUUUUUCGCGAAUUUUGUGCUCUCUCAUUAGUGUCAGCAAAAUCAUUAGAUACUUUGUUUUAGAUAACGUGCCUUUUCAUAUGCGGAUCAGAAAACGUGUAACUGUUUUGAGUAGCGAACAGAACUGUAGAAACAUGCUGGUGCCUUCAGAAUAGAGGAUAUAGAAGUUACAGGUAUCACGAUCAGGAAAUUUAUUUUUCAGUGCUGGUAUUUAGGGCGAGUUGAUUCAAAAUAGUUAUUAUUGCUGGCAAAAAAAAAAACCGUGAACUUUGUAAUUAUUUUGCGUUUCUAAUGAAGUAGCAGCUUAUUUCCUUGCUUGAGUAUUUUCUCUCUUGCGAAUGCCUCGGUGCAUUUAGUUGUGCUGUGUUGUAUGAUGUGGUCAGAACACUUCUUGCACAAACUUUAAAUUAGCUUGUUUAAUACAGGCAACACUAAAUUUGGUAUUUAUUAUUGCAUUAUGUGAGUAAUUUAUUAAUUCUAGCUACAACCUCAAAAUCAUUCACAAACGUAACAAAUAUUCAUAGUACUUAUUUGUUUCGAUAUAGCUACGUGUUCCAAACUGUUUAGUUAUUUAAAUUUAAAACACUAUAAUUUUCCCAUUUUUUUAUGCAAUUGGUUUUAAUUAUACUAUUCUGCUGCUACUUAUAAACAUGUAUGUACGUAAAUAACUUUUGCUCGCAAGCCUAAAUCGUUUUAAGUAUUAUAGCAGCCAGUGUUAAGACUUACAUGUUAAAAAUGCACACAAAAAUUUCUUGGGGCGAGCAUUCCUGAUAUAUAAAUCGAAAAAUAUCAUAUUAAAAAUAUUACGGUGUGUGUUGUGAAAUAUGUUGAAGAAAACUAGGUUGCCAUCUGUGAUUUCGUGUCAUAUCUUAAUAAAUAAUUAUUUUUGUUCUAAAAAUAGCUGAGAUUUAUUUUAUAUAGAGUAAUGGAGAUGCCCACAUUUUCCCUAAAGCUAUGUCAGAAUAACUGUUUAAAUGUUAAUAGUUACUAUUACUUAGUAUUUAAGUAUAAGUAGCUUUCAGCUGUGGUAUUAAAAAGAGUAUGUUUAGUUAAAGCUUUGUACAGUGACUUGAGCCACAAAGAAACAAUAAGCGAGUGAUUGAAACUGCAAAUAAUAAAUGCUUCAUAUUCAUGUGUGAAUGAUGGUGUAAAAAUUUAUUUUACAUUGUAUAGCUAAAUCAAGCCAUCACAAAGUAUUUGAAAACUGACUAAACACGUGUUCCCGUAGAAUCAAGUGUUAUAAAUUCAACUAGAUCUAAUUCUUACACGUGUUACAUUUUCUUCGUUAUAGGUUCAUUAGUUUAUUCGCUUCCGGACUUUAGUUUUUCCGUACCACGCAGGGUUCAUCUGUAUAAACAAUAACUUCAAACGACUGAAAAUUCAGAAUUUUUAUUUUUGUAUUCUAAAUAAUAGAUUUGGAUACGUCCUAAUGGACGUAUCUUGUACAUAACCAAAAAAAAAUAUAUUGUAUUAUUUAAAAAGUCGAUUCAGUAAUAACUUACAAGAAAAUUGGAAAGUUGUAUUAUUUUUAAUUGGUUAUGGAAUCACUUCUAAAGAAAAUUGUACAAUAGUGUAAAAAUUUUAUAUUGCUUUCUGUUUGGUACAUUUUUUUCUAACUCAGCUAAAUAAAAUCGUUUUUUUAUUAAGUUUGGAAGAUAAAAAUUUCUCGGAAACAGUUGUUAUUCAUUUGAGAAAUAAUUAUGAAAUUAAUAAUAAAACGACAUAUCGAGACCUUAUUUCAAUGUAAUUAAUUAUCUAGAUAUUUAAAUUGUCUUUUGAUUUAUUGCAGUGAUGCUUAUUAUUAUUAAUACAGUUUUCAUUUGAGAUAAAAAAAAAUUUAAGUACUACUUUACGUGAAAUGGUCCAUAAUUUUUUACAAAUUACUAUAAAGUAGUAAGAGUUUAAAUUUUUAUUUUUAUUUCGAACUCGUAUAUUAAUUCCACUGUAAAAAGUUUUAAUCAGUAGGUGUAAUUGAAAGAAACGCUUCUGUAUUGCACAGUUGUACUAAGCACUAUUUAUAAAGUCAUUGUGUGCAAAAUAUGUAAAUACUUUUUGAUAGCUCAAUGGUUUAAGCCAUGCUUGUGACUUAUUGUGACACAAAAAUGAAUGAAUGCGUUAAGAUGUGAACUUACAUAGUUUUUUAGUGAAGGAUUCAGUCUGUGUGAACUGUUUUAUGUCAUGCACUGCUUUGAUAAGAUACAUAAAUUACGUACUGUCAUCUCUUCUUGAGUCAUCUUUAUUGCUAAGAAACAACUUCACGAUAUUACUAAGAACCAAAUACAAUAAGUUAAUGUGGUAGGUUGUAUGUUGCACUCGUAAAAACAUUUGGCUGUAUUGUACUUCACUGUUUCUGUAACUCUAUGUAAAUUUGGUUGGUACACUUUCGUUGAUGAUAAAUAUGCAAUAUGGUUUAGCAUAUCAUCCACCUAAAUGUACGUUAGCUCCACGUGACUUCGCCAAUGCAGUGUUGUUAUACUUGAUUAUUGACAAAAUGAUUGUAUCGUAAUAUAUGGAAAUAAAGACUUGUGUAAACCAACUAAA